AUGAGAAUAUCUCAAGACGAAGAAGAAGAACUUCACUCUGUUUUCUGUGAAAAGAUGAUGAGAAGAACUUGUGUUGUGAUUUUCGAGAAAGGAAUCAUGUCCCGUGAUCAAGAAUCGUCCUCUUUUUAUAGCUCCGAAGUAGAUCGCAACCUCCUCCGCGUAUCUCGUCCACGUGCAACUACCGAUCCCGCUAUUUCCGGAUCUGAACAGUCGAAGCGAGAUUCUCGUUUGACUCGUUCAAACUCAGCUUGUGGACUCGACUCCGUCGAGCUAGAGCUCGACUUCGUCUUCACAAGUAGCUCGGACAGUAAACAGCUGGAUUUUGGACAAGGAUACUUGGUGGGCUCGAGGUCACUUUACUGGGCCUGA